AUGGAGCACUUCAUCGAGACCGUGCGCAAGUACCCGUGCCUCUGGAACACCACCGCCAUCGAGUACCGCGACCAGGAGCUGAAGGACGCAGCCUGGGCAGAAGUCAUGAAGGAGACGGACUUGUCGUCAGUAAAAGAAGUGAAACUAAAGUGGAAGAAGCUGCGCGACAGUUACCGCGAUGCUCUCAAGCGGCAGAGCGAAAUGCUGGCCAAGGAGCCCGGCAACCCCGCCAAGAAGAACUACCCCUGGAAGUACAUGGGGCUGAUGCAGUUCCUGCAGCCCUACAUGAGCAAUCGCAAGAAGCCGACGGGCUCGCCGCCGUACCCCUCUCACCCCGCCCCCGACGUGCCCGCACACCCCGCUCAGAACGGUGUCGACCAGCAUUCGUCCGAUAGCGAUGACAGCGACGACGACUCCUCGCCCAAGCGCAAGAGCUGCGAACAGCUGACCGUCAUAGACCGCAAGCUGGACUACUUGUGCAAGGCGACCGCUAAACGGCACUGCCCCGAGCGCGAACCCGAGCCGCAGCACGAGCGCAAGCGCGAUGCGGCGCCGCCGACGCCACCGCAGCCCGACCCGCUGGACAUCUUCUUCAACAGCAUGUGCCAGUCCACCAAGCGCUUUCCGUUUCCCACGCAAAUCAAAAUCAAGCGGACGCUGUUCAACGCGGUGAUCGAGGCGGAGGAAGCGCUCAUCGCCGAACAGCAAACGUACGCUAGCCUGUGGGCACAGGGAGCCGGCAGCGAGUCCAGCAGCGACGGCGACGACGACGAGCGCAAGGGCGCCGCGUCCUGA